GAGGAAAAAUAACAAAAUGAUAACAAUAAAACAACUACCGCUUUGGCGCCAGUGAGCCUCCGCCACUUGCAAGUGGCAACCACAACACUCCCAAAUCAGCUUCGCAAAAAUUUUCCAGAUCCAUUUAAAAGAAAAAUGCCCCCUUUUCUCCCAUAAUUGACCCGACACCAUCCUACGAAACACCGCCGAUGUCCGCUCAAUCAGCAGCCACAGCCACCGCCAAUGAGAGAGUCAAAACCUUGACCCUAGACUCCACCCAAAUCUACCUCACUGCCCUAAACUCCACCACUUCCACGCUUUCUUUUCCCCCUAUUCCCUCCUCUUUCCCUCCCUCCAAUUUCAUCCCCAACACUCGCUUCCUCAUCGAUUCCUUCCGCCACCCCUUUACAGCCUUCUCCGCCUCUUACUUCCUCUCCCACUUCCACCCCGAUCAGUAUUCCGGCCUCUCUCCUUCCUGGUCAAAAGGCAUCAUCUUUUGUUCCCACCUCACUUGCCUCCUCCUCAUCGAAACCCUUAAAAUCCCACCCCGUUUCGUCUUCGCUUUGCCUCUAAACGACCCCGUUUUAGUAGAUGGCUGCGAGGUCAUUCUCAUCGACGCCAAUCAUUGCCCUGGUUCAGUACAGUUAUUAUUCAAAGUUCCCACUAAAAAUGGGAUCUUUGAAAGGUAUGUUCACACAGGCGAUUUUCGUUCCUGCAAUCCGAUGAAGUUGAAUAGUUAUUUGAUUGGAUUUGUUGGUUGUGAUGCCAUUUUUUUAGAUACUACAUACUGUGAUCCGAAAUGUAUAUUUCCUUCUCAAGAAGAAUCGAUUGAUUAUGUGGUUAGUGUGGUAGAUAGGAUAGGUAAGGAGUUUGGGAGAAGGAGGGUUUUGUUUCUUAUUGCUACUUAUGUUGCUGGGAAAGAGAAGAUUUUGGUUGAGGUUGCACGGAGAUGUAAGACCAAGAUAUGUGUUGAUGGGAGGAAAAUGGAGAUUUUGCGUGUUCUGGGGUAUGGGGAUGGUGAAGUUUUUACUGAAGAUGAGAGUGAGAGUGAUGUUCACGUUGUUGGUUGGAGUGUAUUAGGUGAAACUUGGCCGUACUUUAGGCCGAAUUUUGUGAUAAUGGAAGAGAUUAUGGUGGAAAAAGGGUAUGAGAAGGUUGUCGGAUUUGUGCCGACUGGGUGGACUUUUGAAGUCAAGCGGAAUAAAUUUGCAGUGCAAACUAAGGAUACAUUUGAGAUACAUCUAGUCCCUUGUAGUGAGCAUUCUAACUAUGACGAGCUUAAAGAAUAUGUGAAGUUUUUGAAACCGAAGAAGGUUAUUCCUACAGUUGGCAUGGACUUUGAGAAGCUUGAAAGUAAACAUGCUGAUGAAAUGAGAAAGCAAUUUGAUGGGCUGAUUGAUGAAAUGGACAAUAAGGACUUGCUGAUGGGUUUUCAUCGUGGCAACUGUGAAACUGUAGAAAAAGUUGAAAGGGAUGCUAAUGAGGAAAGGGUCAUGGAGAGAAAUAAAAAUAUGUUUGAAAUAAAAACAGUUGAGAGUAAUGACAUGGAUGUUUCUUCGAAUGAUGUAUCUUACGUCCAUAAACCUGAUUCACAAGAUUCAACUAUACCAAGCGAGGAGGAAAGAGAGAGAAUCAUUGAGGAAACCAGGGAUUCUUUGCCCAAAUGGGUGACCAGAGACCAGAUAUUAGAUCUGGUUAGCAGCUCAAGAUGGAAUAUUGUUGAAGCAGUUUCUAACUUUUAUGAGCAUGAAAUUGAAUUCUACGAGCAAGUCUCUGUGUUUAGAACCUUUGAAUCUGCAUCCCAUGCCAGUUCACCAAACAGCCCUAUAUCACUUUCAAAGUCAGGACCUUUUCGAAGUAGCACUGAUGAAAGUGUAAAUACUAAUUUAAGUCAAGUCAGCAAGUCUCCUAGUCUGAAACUUACACGGUGGAGCAACAUAUCUCCUAGCAAGAGGAAGAAAAACACUGAGAAGAGGUCAAAUAAGAAAGUAAAAAGUAAUUCAAAACUGGAAUCUAGCGGGUCAAAACAACCCACAAUAACUAGCUUCUUCAGUAAACUUUUGCCUGAUGACUCUAAAGGUGGCAAGACUGAUCGAAAAAAUUGAAGAAUGCCCUAAAGGUGAAAACAUCUUGCCUAGUAAUUGGACUAAAUCAUACAUAGAGAAAACAAUCAGUUUAUUCAGAUAAUAAAUGCCAAUGUAUUGUCAAGAAACUAUGUUGCGUCCUUGCUUGAGAAAACUCAAGGAGAUAUCGACUAGGCACUGGAUAUGUAUUAUAGUAAUCCUGAGUUGAAACAUGGUGAGAAUACAGAGAAUAUGAUGGUCUACAGCAAAUUAGCUUAGGUCCAGAGCUGUACUAAUGAUUGCUUUGUUAGAAAGAGGAAACAUGUACCAGAGGAAUCAAGAUUUAUGGUGUUUUCAUAUUUGCCAGGACAAUUAUUCGAAACGUUGACAGUUGCAUCCUGAUAAUGUAAACCUAUAGAGCAAGCUUGGUAUCUGGAUGUCGUUUUUCCUAUAUGCUUAAUAUUGUCUUGAAAUUCUUCUACUUCUAGAGUAUUGUAGCAUCUAUUUAGAAGUUAUUUUAUCUUUUUGAAAUACUUGGCAUAUUUCUUUGAGCUAUACUAGUUUUACUGCAUUUUUGGUGUUUCUUUCUUUUAGAGGCCUGUUCAUAGAACUUCUCAGCUUCCUUUGUGAUACUUUAGAACUUUUGCUGAGAUGUCUGUGUAGCAUGCUGGAGGCAUGGUCAGCCUGUUCCAUAUGUUCAUCUUGCAUCGGCUUUUGACCUGGUUAGGGGCUCAAAAGGGCAAGACCAAAGCUGCUUCUAUGCUUUGCAAUAUGUUUAGAAAGUUGUUUGCUAGACUUGCCCCCCGAGGAUGUGCUUCCUGUUGUGUAUCUGUGCACCUACAAAGUUGCUCCUGACUAUGAAAAUAUUAUUACUCCACAAGUUCUAAUUUCCUACAAAGUAAUGGAUUCGUACUCCACAUUUCUGAAAGAUAAGUUUUCACUCAGAUUGUACUAUUGUAGAUCACUUACCAAAAAGGUGACAGAUUCAAGAGAUACAACUGCCAACACAAAAAACAAGGGGCACUCAUGCUGUACUAAUGAUACAGGAAUUAAGUAAUGGUGGAUGCUUGAUUACGUCUGCACAAAAAGAAGCAUGUGGGGGACGAACCGGUGAAAAGUAAGGGACCUGUCCAAUGACAUUGGCGAUCCUGGUAAGAGCAAUUAAUUCCUCUCAUGGUUUUCUGUUUUCUCCUCGUCCUUCCACAAUUUUUUUUGGAGAGCCUUCUGAAUACCAUAUUUUGGUCUAAGGUGUUGUUGCACAAAUGUGACUACAAACCCAAACUUUAAUUGCUCUUUCACCAUACUAUUAUGAGGACUUAUUUUCUGUACUCUGGAAGAUAAAGUUGUGAACAACCCAGUAUUGAUCCUCUUGACAACAAAUGAUUAUAAACUGAAACAUUGAUGACUGAUUUGAAUUAUUUAGAAAUAAUUGGUUAA